AUGGGUCUAAUCCCACUAUAUCUCAAAAAUCCACCCAACUAUGUGCUGGCAUGCAUUCUAUGUUCCGCAAGUGGAAUUCUCUUCGGAAUGGAUACAGGCAUCAUUGGCCCUGUUACCGACAUGAAGUAUUUCAAGGCAUCCUUCGGGGGUAGCCAGAACUCGACUAUCCAUGGCCUCAUCGUCUCGUGUAUCUUGAUCCCGGCAGCGCUCUCCUCCUUCUUCGCCGGCUAUGUCGCCGAUCGACUUGGACGACCAAAGGGAAUCUGCAUCGGUGUUUUCAUCUUCGGAGUCGGAGCUGCGAUAGAAGCAGGCGCGGUUGCCCUAUCUAUGUUUAUCGUUGGUCGUGUGGUAGAAGGCCUCGGAGAAGGACUGUUCCUUGGAAAUCUUGUGGUCCUGAUCUGUGAGAUCUCACCCACCAGUACUAGAGGAGCCCUGACGACCGGGCCUCAGCUGGCCACGACCCUCGGAUUGGUCAUGGGGUACUUCAUCAGCUAUGGGACAUCACGCUUGCAGUCCUCGCUCUCAUGGCGGAUGCCGUUCAUCCUUCUCUCUGCCUUCUCCAUGAUCAUAUGUGGGCUUUCGCUUUAUUUUUUGCCCGAGUCGCCGCAGUGGCUCGGACUCCAUGGUCGAUAUGCUAUGGCCGAAGAGGCGUGGGACAAACUCGGUGUCAAUCGUGCGGAGCGUGAAAAGGUUACGCUUCAAGUGCGGGCACAGGAAGUUGAACCUGAUAUUCAGCGAGCCAAAGAAAAAACCAUCGAAAAGCUUCUUGCCAUCUUCUCCAAGGAUGUUUUAGGCCGCACUAUCCUCGCAGUCUUUCUCAUGGGCAUGCAGCAGAUGAGUGGCAUUGAUGGUGUUCUAUAUUACGCGCCGCAGUUGUUCCAAAAGGCCGGCCUUGCGUCGUCGGAGGCCAGUUUUCUGGCCUCUGGUGUUUCAGCGCUUGUGAUCUUCGCUGUCACCAUUCCUGGGCUAAUAUACGCCGACACAUGGGGUCGCCGAAACAGUAUCAUAUAUGGCGGAGUGGUGAUGGGAGUCUUGAUGUUCUUGAUGGGUGGCCUGUAUGCUGGAAAUGCCGUCCAUCCAUCCGCCGGCCCCGGUCGUUGGGUUGUGAUUGUCUGCAUCUACUUCUUUGCAGCUCUUUACUCUGUGACCUGGGGUAUAUCCAUCAAAGUCUAUAGCGCCGAGAUUCAGCCCCAGCGAACACGAGCAUCAGCUACCACGUUAGCACAUUCGAGCAAUUGGGUCUGCAACUUCUUGGUGGCCCUAACGACACCAGUCAUCCUUGCGAAGAGCAGCUUCGGGGCUUAUUUCCUGUUUGGUGGAUGCUGUGUUGUCACUGCGAUUGUUGGCAUCUUCUUCAUGCAUGAAACACAAGGUCGAAACUUUGGGGAGAUUGAUGAAGCUUUCAGAGGCAAAUCACCGGGUUCAAACCACAGUUUGAACAGUUUUCGCCAGCAUUUGAGUCUCGCUUGA